AUGGCUACUGUGAACUUUCGAAGAAUUGAUGUCGAUGCUCUCGACCCCGACAAUGCUCCUUCUGAGGACGUAUAUCCUCAAUUCCCGCCUGUGUCGAUUCAGGAGGUGACACAAAUUGGGUCUGAGGCCAAGAGCGCUCUGUCCAAAGGCAACUUCAGCUCCUCUUUGAAACUUCUGCUCGGUUCUCCUCCUUAUGGAGGUGAUGCUCAAACUAAGGUAAGAUUGUUAUUUUGGUUGUUGGCGACGUUCUGGUGCGACCUGUAA